UAUUGAUUUUUUUUUUGUGUUGUCCUUAGACGGCUAAGACCGAUCACGGUCCAUCUCGCCAUUGAUUUUUAUCGCAUGCUUUGUUUUGCCGCAAUGUCUACUGGAAAAGUUAACACAUUACAAGUAGAAACUCCUGUCAGUAAGACAGCUAAUUCUAAAUCGAAACGGAAGGCUUCAUCUUUAGGAAAGAAUGAGGUUCCAUCGAAACGUAUUGCGCGCUCAGAUAGAAAAAAGCCCGAACGAGCGAUCCAGUGGGUGCAUUCCGAGCUCCGGCAAAUCUCCAAUAGCGUCGGUCAUCCUGUCCAGCAUCCCAUGAGAUUUUACACACAUCUAAACCUUCUUCAACUACCAUUGCAACCGGGUAUUUUAACACCGGAAACCAUUCACAAACAUUUCGAACCACCCCCGUGGAAUACAACGUAUCCCGUUCCUCUUGUAACGUACCGCGGUGUAGCAAAAGCAAAUGCAGGACAGCUGAUGUUUCGGUUGGUAAAAGCUAAAAAGGCGCAUCUGACCACACUGAACAGCAUGAAGAUGAAUUUUCAUCGAAAGAAACGCUUGUUGAAAAAAGAACUACGUAAGACGCAGAAUCUGUAUCCUAAUACAGUUUUUAAGGUAGCGGAACAGAUGAAUCGAGAUCCAGAUAAAUGGUUUUCGGCACGAUUCGGCUAUGACUACUAUUUCACUAGCGGUAGCUUAGCAGUGGUUGAUUGUGAACUGUUCGUCUGGAUAGUGAAUACGGUUGGGGAAGAGUUGGAUGAGGUAGAGAUUGUCCCUGCUAAAGUGGCAGGAGCACAGCUCGAACUUGAGACCAGUGAAAUGAAAAGGUAUGAGCUGGGAAGCGACCAAGGACCGAUAUUUGAAACGGCUUGGCAUGUAUCGGAGGGCGAAUGUGGGAAUAAUUCCGGCAGGCAGACCAGUCGAUCGGAAAACGGAAGAAUGGACGUUAAAAUUGCCUUCCGACGCAAGCACCAAAUCGAUAUAAUGUGGACUAAAGCAGGCAUCGACGCCAUGAAAAUAAAAAGUAUUACCUCCGAAGUUCCUUUUAUCUCCUGUAGCUUUCAGCAUAGAGGAAACGGUUGGUUGAUGUUUACGUCCGAUCUAGAGAAGAUUAUUAAAUUGUGGGAUUGCAAGCAGGGCGAGGUUGUAGGGUCGCUACAACUUCCGAAGGAAGAUGCUAUAGGGGACUGUUGGAGCUGUGUACGUCCUAUUGGUAAAAAUUUUCUCAUUUGUUUAGACAGGACAAUGGUGAGGCUUGUUGUUAUCGUUGAUACUGAGCUGAUAACCAACCAAACGACAAGCUUAGAAAGUUGGUUAUGGUCCUGUGAAAAAGCAUCCUGCUUGGAGGUAUGCCCAAAGGAACGUCUUAUUUUUAUUGGGACCACCCACAAGCUGCUCAUUCUCAAAAUGGUACCACAGGGCAUAGAAAAGCAGCUAGAUUUCCAGCAAAUUAUCACCUUCACGCACAAUCUCAAACAUUACCCAACAAUGCUUCGAUUCGGACUAGAUUCGUUGCAAAACUAUCACGUUUGGGUGUCGUCGCAUUUGUCUGGAGAUACAAAGCUAUGCAGCUUUGCAAAAGUACCUCCAAAGCGUUUUGCAACCAAGCAUCUUCCCCUGAAACCACUCACGGUUCUGGAAUCAAACCAUCUCGCGCGGACGAAGGGAAAAUGUAUAUAUCCUGCUGCAGUUCUCAAACGCCGCGUCGAACUUUUUCACUCAGGUAUUGCCUUCAUUAUCGAUUCUAACAAUUUCCACAUGCUCCUUCAAAACUCCAUCGGUGAUAUUUUCUAUCAACGUAUCAUCCAGGACCCGAACGAAUCAAAUGCACAACAGAUCCCUACACUUUUCCAUUCCUGGAUGCUCCAGCUAAACUCGAUCAACAUUAGUCAACCUGGUACAGCAACUGAUUUUAAAAACUUGCGUGGUUUUAAGCGAAUUUUUACCUGCUCCAACCAUCGACAGACGGAAAACCCUGAACCACCAGCAGCCGAUGGAGCGUUUCGUAGACGACCUCGUUGGCAGCAAACCGUCGAGCAACUUCACGAAUACCGGGAUCUGCUGGCAUCAGAUAUGCUCUCAAUAUGGGGCUUCAGACCGGAUGUAACCGGCGCCAAGCGGCGGUUAUCGCAAGAUGUGCCGAUUAAUGUAACGGAACGAAUCUCUCACUGGUUGGACGAAAAUACGGAAGACGAACCUUAUCUGGAGCCGUAUGAUGAAAUUGUCAAAGAAGAGCCAGUUGUACAGCUGAACAGUGAUCCCGAAACGGAUCCCGAAGAGAAGGUUGAAAUAGUAGAAGCACCCAAUGUUUGUCCGGUUCCAAAGUCUUUACCAUGCGACGCUGUUACAGCUGUUGGUACGGAAAUUCUCAGCGGUGUGAAUGUAGAAACGCCUAGAAUCGCGGUUAGACCCGGCAGGAAAAAGUAUGUGCAAGGAUUUUGAGCAAGUGAAUGUGUAUGUUUUAAUUGCAUUGUGUUGUUGAAAAUAACAAGAUAUUCAGACUGAUUGUGAUUAAAAAUCUUUAGUUUUAUUUAA